UUCGGCACGCCGACUCUCCCACCAGUGUGGUGUGUGUUAAUGAUUUGCGAGAAAACAACUAGGAUACAAAAGUUUCUCGGAUUCAUCGCCGUGGACGAACCGGAUUGUUUUUUUUUUUGGUUUAAAAGCCAAACUGACUCGUGCUCCGCUUUAGGAUCCGUGUGCGCGUGCGUUUUUGUUUCUUUUCCCCCCCGAACGCUAGUGGAAGGACGUGGAUGUGGCCUCGCGCGCACGGGUGGCACGAGCCCGAAUAUGCGGAGUUUAUUUCCACACUGAGUCUCUGAAGCUUCACUGAGCUCGCGCACACAAGGAUUCACUGUGGAAAGUAAGCGCUCCAUCUCCAUUUUCACCUCCUCAACAUGGCGGCCUCGGCUUCACAGGUGGACGUAGCCGAUGGCGGAACAAACAACGAGUUUAGCGACAUCAUCAAAUGGCGAUCAGAUGAACACGAUGCCGUCCAGAAAAAGACGUUCACAAAGUGGAUUAACGCACAGUUCUCCAAGACUGGGAAGGCAGUUAUUAAGGACUUGUUCUCUGACCUUAAAGAUGGGAGGAAGCUUCUGGACCUGCUUGAGGGCCUCACAGGAACCAUCCUGACAAAAGAACGCGGUUUCACCAGAGUUCAUGCUCUAAAUAACGUCAACCGAGUUCUCCAAGUGCUGCAACAAAACAACGUGGACCUGGUGAAUAUUGGCGGGACAGAUAUCGUUGAUGGGAAUCAUAAGCUGACACUCGGGCUCAUCUGGAGUAUCAUCUUACACUGGCAGGUUAAAGACAUCAUGAAGGAUGUGAUGUCCAGUCUCCAGCAGACGAACAGUGAGAAGACGUUGUUGAGUUGGGUCAGACACUGCACUCGCGGCCGGAGUGACGUUAACGUGCUGAACUUCACCACGAGCUGGACGGACGGUCUCGCCUUCAACGCCAUCCUGCACCACUUCAGGCCUCAUGCUUUCAGCUGGGAUCAGAUUGUGGCUCUUUCUCCAGUCGAGAGACUUGAACACGCCUUCAGUUUGGCCAAAGAUGAGCUCAACAUCGAGAAGCUGCUCGACCCUGAAGAUGUAGCUGUGCAGCUGCCGGAUAAAAAAUCCAUCAUCAUGUACGUGACGUCUCUGUUCGCCGAGCUGCCCAACGACGUCACCAUGGACGACAUCCGAGAAGUUGAGACCCUGCCCAGGAAGUACAAAGUGGAGGAGGACCAUCCUGUUAGCACUCAGGGAUUGGCUGGAGCACCGGAGGAGGUGGGCAGAUCGCCGGCCGAGAUCCCAAGCACGGACAGGGAUACGGACAUGGAAGCAGGGACGGAGAUGGACCUGGAAUCCUACCAGGUCACGCUGGAGGAGGUGCUCACGUGGCUGCUGUCUGCCGAGGACGCGUUGCAGAUCCAGGACGAGGUUUCUGAUGACGUGGAGGAAGUUAAGGAUCAGUUCCAUACGCAUGAGGAGUUCAUGAUGGAGCUGACGGCGCACCAGAGCAGCGUGGGUAACGUGCUGCAGGUGGGAAACCAGCUGAUUUCUCAGGGCAGCCUGAGUGAGGAGGAAGAGGACGAGAUCCGUGAGCAGAUGACUCUGCUGAACUCGCGCUGGGAGGCCCUUCGUGUCAACAGUAUGGACCGCCAGGCCAGACUUCAUGAAGUUCUCAUGGACCUCCAGCAUCAGCAGCUCCAGCAGCUUUCUGAUUGGCUGAAGGAGACAGAGGGGCGGAUCCGUAAAAUGGAAACAGAGCCCAUGGCGGGAGGCAUGCCGGGAUACCUGGCUCAGAUUGAGCAGCACAGAACUCUGCAGAGCGACCUGGAGGCUGAGCAGGUCAAGGUGAACUCUUUGACUCACAUGGUGGUGGUGGUAGACGAGAACAGCGGGGAGAGCGCCACCGCUGCUCUGGAGGAGAAACUUCAGUCCCUGGGCGAGCGUUGGGCCGCGGUGUGUCGCUGGACCGAGGAGCGCUGGACUAAACUGGAGGAGAUCCUGCUUGUGUGGCAGCAGAUGUUGGAAGAUCAGAACCUGUUCAGAUCUUGGCUGGAGGAGAAGGAAAAAGAUCUGAGCGAAGUGCAGACCAGUGACCUCAAAGACCCGAGCGAGAUAAACACUAAUGUUCGUAGAUUAGCGAGUCUGAAGGAGGACAUGGCGCAGAAGAGGCGGGUGCUGGGCACUCUGUCCGAGGCGGGGCAAGAUGUGGCGCAACUGCUGAAAAGCCCCGAAGCGAGGCAGCGCAUUGAGACGGACACGGAGGAGCUGACGCAGCGCUGGGACGACCUGGUACAGAGAUUGGAAGACUGCUCCAAUCAGGUAACCGUGGCAGUCAGAGCUGCAGGGACGCCACAGGUGCAGGAGAAGGUUGUCAUGGAGAUUGUCACCACCGUGGUGGAGCGGACACAGCGUACGGUCACCGACCGAGAGCUCCAGACUCCUGCACCACCGAAGAGACGCCACCUGGAUACAGACACGGAGCUCAGAAAACUAGUGGACAGUGAGAUUCCUGACCUUUUGUCCUUGUUGGUGAGAUGGAAAAAUUUGGCACAGUCGCUGUCUUCUACACAUCCUCAUGACCUCACCAAAAAACUCCAGGGCCUGGAGGCGGAGCUUACAGAGAAGGAGCAGCGAGUGAAAGAUGUAAUUGAGAGAGGAGAGAAACUGACGGAGGAGUUAGAGAAAGAAGGAUUGUCCUCAUCCCCGGUCCACUCGUCGCUCAGCUCUGUGCAGUCAGAGUUUUCUUCCUGUCAGCGGCUCCUGCGGGACGUUCAGGACCGAGCUCAGAUUGCGGAGCAGGUUUCCUCCUUGUCCUCUGAGCUGAAGGUUCUCCACAAAGCCCUGGAUGAAGCCGAGGUCUGGCAGAACCGUACGGCGGGACACGUCACAGACGCCAAACUUUCAGCUCUGCACACGCUCAGAGACGACUGCCAGGCUCAUCUGGCAGAGCUCCUGGGUCUGAGUGCUCCACUUCACCAGCUCCGUGUCCGAGCAGCGUCUCUGGUCUCUGUGCCCGGCGUCCGUACUGACGUCCAGAGCGGCGUGAGCGAGCUGUCAUCGCGGUACGACUCCACCAUUCAACAACUCUCCGCACGGGAGCAGGAGAUUAACGCUGCUCUAAACAGACUACAGCAGACCGAGAAAUCCGCUGACCUUCGGGCCGAACUCGAGUCCAGACUCUCAGCUCUCACUGCUGAUGUCAUAGACAUGCUUUCAACUGAGGAGGCUGUGGACAGAGCUCAGGUUCUGUGUACAGAGAUCACGCAGCAUCAGGAGUCUGUAUCGAACACACACGAACUCCAGCGCUGGACUCAACUUUCCACUAGAGCCGCAGACCAGCUCGGCAUGCUGCAGUGCAUUCUGGGUAGCAUGAAGGACUCGCAGGUCCGUGGCGAGGAGGUGAGCCGCUGGCUGGACGGCGUGCAGGAGCUGCUGUCGGAAGACUCCGGCUCUCUCAAUAACGAAGAUAAACUACAAGCAGAGGUUAACCAGUGCAAGGAGUAUGUGGGGGAGAUGGAGGGAGUGGCGGCGUCUCUGAAACAGAUGGUCGAGACUGUGGCAGCCGUGCAGCAGGGCGCGGUACCGGGCCUGGCCACAUGGGGGCAGAAGGAGCUAGACGAGAAACAGAGACGCUGGGAAUCGUUGAGCAAACAGUUACAGCAGCAGCAUGAUCGUAUGACUGAGAGUCAGGAGAAAGUGUUGAAUCUAAAGAAGGACUUGGCUGAGAUGCGAGAGUGGAUGGCUCAGGUGGAUGAGGAGUUCCUCAUGAGGGAUUUUGAGUACAAGAGUCCUGAGGAGCUGGAGGAGGCUCUUCAGGAGAUGAAGAGGGCUAAAGAGGAUGUGCUACAGAAGGAGGUACGAGUGAAGAUUUUGAAGGACAGCAUUAACGUGCUGAUGGGUAAAUCGCCCCCUGGUGGUCAGGAUCUGAACAGCGAGUUAUCUGAGGUGCUGCAGAACUACCACAAACUGUGUGACCGCUUCAAGAGCAAGUGCCACACGCUGGAGGAGGUGUGGUCGUGUUGGAUGGAGCUGCUGCAGUAUCUGGAUUUGGAGUCCGGCUGGUUGAACACUUUAGAAGAGACUCUGCAGGUUACAGAGAAGCUUCCAGAGAACUCAGACUCCGUCAGUCAGAGUCUGGAGUCUCUGGAGUCAGUUCUUCGUCACCCAGGUGAUAACAGGACUCAGAUCCGGGAACUGAGCCAGACUUUGAUUGACGGUGGGAUUCUGGACGACCUCAUCACAGAGAAACUAGACAACUUUAACUCUCGCUAUGAUGAUCUCAACCAGCAGGUGGUGGAGCGUCAGAUGGCUCUGGAGCAGCAGUUGUCUACUCUGAAAGAGAACGAGGCAGCAUUACACACACUUCAGGAGUCACUCGCUCAGCUCGAUCAGACGCUCACUUCCUACCUCACUGACCGCAUAGACGCCUUUCAGAUACCUCAGGAAGCUCAGGCGAUCCAGGUCGACAUCGCAGCUCACGAGGCCUCUCUGGAGGACCUGCGCAGGAGGAACGUGGGGAACGUUCCUGCUCCUGCUCCUGCUUCAGACGGAAAAUCAGCACGAGGAGGCACCAUGCUGGAUCAGCUGCAGAGGAAAUUCCGAGAGAUCAACACAAAAUUCCAGCUCUUCCAGAAACCGGCUAACUUUGAGCAGCGCAUGUUGGACUGUAAGAGAGUUCUGGAGAACGCCAGAGCAGAGCUUCAUGUUCUCGACCUCACUGACACACAGCCUGAGCAGAUUCAAACACACCUCGCUGGCUGCAUGAAGCUGUAUAAGAUCCUAAGUGAGGUAAAGCUGGAGGUGGAGACGGUGAUUAAAACGGGUCGACAGAUCGUCCAGAAACAACAGACUGAGAAUCCAAAGAGCAUGGACGAGCAGCUCACUGCUCUCAAAUUUCUGUACAACGACCUGGGAGCACAGGUGACAGAGGGGAAGCAAGAGCUGGAGAAAGCGCUGUCUCUUUCUCAGAGACUGCACAAGGACAAUGCCACCCUGCAGGACUGGAUCACAUCCACACACACACAGCUGGAGAAGAAGAUCAACACCGGAGACAUGCCAGCUGACAUCGAUGCUGAGAUCGCCUGGGCCAAUGGUCUCCUAAAGGAGAGCGACUGUAAGAAGUCGGAUCUGUGUAAGGUGACAGAGAACAGCGCCGCCCUGCAGGCCGUAGUGGAGGGCAGUGAGACUCAGCUUGAGGAUCAGCUGUUUGUUCUGAAUGAAGGAUGGCAACAAGUUCGGACUCUCACAGAGGACUGGCUCAGUGCUGUGCUGGUGUGUAAUCAUCAGCGAGAGGUGGAGAUGUUUGAUGAGAAUUUGGCUCACAUCAGCACGUGGCUUUAUCAGACCGAGAUCCGUCUGGACGAGACUGAGAAGCUGCCCACGGCCGAGAGGGAGAGAGUGGUGAAGGCUCUGCUAAGUGAACUGGAGGCUAUGAGCUUGAGGGUGGACGGCGCCCGUGAUCAGGCCGUUAUCUUGAUGACCGACAGGGGGCCUGCAUGCAGAGACGUAGUGGAGCCCAAACUGGAAGACAUCAACCGCAACUUCCACAAGGUCGCACAGCACAUCAAAACUGCUCAGUGCUCUGUGGGUCUGGAAAACACUGUGGAGGUGCAGCAGGAGGCAGUGGUCACGGAAACGACAGCUCCUUCAUCCUCGUCCCAGCUGCAGAAUUUCGAGAUUGACCUAAAGACGACUCUCAGCACACUGGAGCAGCGCGACCCCACGGAGACCCCCGGCGAGGACAAGCUGGAUGAGGAGAAAGCUCGUGUUGAGGAGGUUUUGAGGAGAGGAGAAGAGCUGAUCCAGUCUGCUUCGGAUGAGAAGAGAGAUGAGAUACGCCUAAAACUGCGGCUACUACACACUCGCUACAGGGAGCUAUAUAUUGUCCGAACCCGGCGAGUCGGAACGGAUUGUCUUGACUCCGCCCCCUCCUCGUCCCCACAAGUCCAUCCAGAAGAACGGCGUACGUCUCUCUCGCCGUCCUCCUUCCACCUGGAGGUGAACAAGGUUCUGCUGGCCAUGGCUGACAACGAGCUGCUCCUCAACUCGUCAGAGCUCAGCGGAGGCCUGUUUGAAGAUUUCUCCAGCCAGGAGGACACACUGAGGAACAUAAAGGAGAGUUUGGAGCGUGUCGGUGAGCAGGUAACUGCAUUAAACGAGCAGCAGCCUGACGUGAUCCAGGACGCCUCCAGACAGGAAGUGGUGCAGAUAGCCGACGCGCUGACUCAGCUAAACGCAGAGUGGGAUCGAGUGAAUCGCAUGUACAGCCAGCGCAAAGGAUCUUUUGACUGUGCUGUUGAAGAAUGGAGGCAGUUUCACUGCGACAUGAACGACCUGUCUCGGUGGCUGUGCGACACAGAACAGGCCCUAGAUGAUGAAACCGGACCCAAAGGAGACCCGGAGCGUGUCAGCGCUCAGCAAGAGGAUCUAGAGGAAGGCCUGACGAGCCAUGAGUCCACUCUGGCAGGACUCAUCCAGUCAGGAGAGCACAUCAUCCCUCAGCUGUCGUCUCCAGACGGUCCUCUGCUCCAGGACAAGCUGGACAGCCUCACACAGCGCUGUGCGAUCGUACACACACGAGUCGCCGAUCGCCGCCGCAGGCUAGUAGCUGGUGAUUCCUCCGUCUCUGAAGUCCUACAGCACAGUGCUGAUUUGGCUCGUUGGUUACAUCAGACCGAGGCCGCAGUGUUAACGCUACCCGCGAGUGCUGCAGACCAAAACCUGCGAGAGCUUAAGGCUCUGGCAGAGGAGAUGGAUUUGCAGAAGGAGAGUUUGACUUGGCUGAACAGAAAUGGAGCUCAGAUCCUCUCCAGCUCCAACCUGAAAGCUCACGAGAGAGAAGCUCAUGCCUCCAAAAUCCGUCAGAUCAACAUGACCUGGAGUAAAGUGACACAGGAGUUAUUAGAGAAGGUUAGAGAGGUGGAGGCUAAGCUGCAAUUCCAGGAACGGAUGAACCACUUGAGCGACUGGGUCCAUCUUACUCAACAGCCCCUGAGCAGAAGCACGGAUCUGUCACCAUCCGAAGCUCAGGCCCUGGAGUCGGCUGUAAGGGAGCGCAGGAACGAGCUGGAGGAGCUGCUCACACAUUCCACCGAGUUACAAAGGCAACAGCAGCUGCUCCCUCAGGAGAAGAGUAAAAUGGAACAGUUGGUAGCAGACUGGAAGGUUCUCGAGCUCAGAUUGAAAGAAAGAACACAAGUGCCUAAGUCGCCAUGGACGCAUCAGAUCACCCAGCAACCACUGUCCCCAGUGUGUGCUGAGGUUCAGAGGUCAGCAUUGCUGAGUGAGGCUCCUCUCAGCGCAGCCUGUGUAAGUGACCGGGCCACAGAACUGGCCGACUGGCUGCAGCUCAUUCAGCAGAUGCUCAAAUCCAGCAUCGUUACUGUGGGCGACACCGACGAGAUCCGGACCACCAUCAGCCGCCUGGAGGUGACUAAAGGUGAUCUGGAACAGAGACAUCCUCAGCUGGAAGAGAUUUUCACUCAGGCUCAGAACAUCAAGAACAAAACGUCUGACCUGGAUGUUCGAACCUCCAUCAGUGAGAAACUGGAGAAGGUGCGCAGCCAAUGGGACGGCACGCAGCAUGGCGUGGAGGCGCGGCUCCUGCAGCUGGAUCACAUGACCACACACAGUGAACAGUGGCAGGACCAGUGGGCUCGGGUGAAGGCUCUGAUUGGUCAGAACGAGGCUCGUUUGCAUAACCUGCUCCAGACGAGCCGAGAUCCGCUCACCAAGCAGAUCGGCGACAACAAAGCCUUCCUGCAAGACCUGAGUCGAGAGCACGUGACCGUGGCUGCGUUUAACGAGCUCUGCAAUCAGCUCCUGCAGGAUUACGCCAGCGAUGACACGCGCAGGGUCAAAGAGGUGAUGGACAAAACUGUUAUGUCCUGGAGCGCUGUGAAUAACAGGGCGUCAGAUCGUCAGGCGGUUCUCGACUCAGAGCUGAAGAGACUGCAGAUGUCUCUCAGGGAGCUCGAGGGCUUCCUUAAAUGGCUGCAGGAGGCUGAAACCACCGUUAACGUCUUGGCCGACGCCUCCCAGAGGGAGGAGCUGUCUCAGGACUCCGCCCAUCUCAGGGAGCUGAAGGGGCAACUUGACGAUAUUCAGGUGGAGAUCGACGCCCAUAACGAUGUGUUUAAGAGUGUGGACGGAAACAAGUUGAGGAUGGUGAAGGCGCUGGGCAGCUCCGAGGAGGCCGUGUUCCUGCAGCAAAGGCUGGAUGAUAUGAACCACCGCUGGAACGAACUCAAGGCCAAAUCAGCCAACAUACGGGCUCAUCUGGAGGCCAGUGCAGAGCGAUGGAGCAGGCUGCUGUCCGUUCUGGAAGAGUUGUGGAGGUGGAUCUGCCAGAAGGAUGAUGAGCUCACUAAGCAGAUGCCUAUUGGAGGAGAUGUGCCAACGUUACUGCAGCAGUAUAACCACUGCUCGGCUUUGAGGGCGGAGCUAAAGGAGAGGGAGCAAGUUGUGGUCAGUACCUUGGACCAGGCACGCAUGUUCCUGGCUGAUCAGCCCAUCGAGGGGCCUGAAGAACCACGCAAGAACCUGCAGUCAAAAACAGAGUUGUCUCCGGAGGAAAAGGCCCAGAGGGUUGCGAGGGCAAUCCGGAAGCAGGCGGCUGAGGUACGUGAGCGCUGGGAGAGGUUACUCGGACACGUGGGAGGUUGGCACGAGCAGGUGGAACGCUCUCUGGAGAAACUCCAAGACCUGCAGAGCGCCAUGGACCAGCUGGAUGUGCAUCUGAGCCGACCCGAGGAGGUCAAAGGUCGCUGGCAGCCUGUCGGAGACCUGCUUAUCGACUCGCUGCAGGACCACAUCAACAAAACCACUGCGUUCCGGGACGAAGUGGCUCCUCUGAAGCAGGAGGUGUUGGCAGUGAAUGUGUUGGCAAGUGAAUUGGCUCCUUUGGAUGUGCAACUUUCGUCCACCACCAGCAGACAACUGGACAACCUGAACACACGCUGGAACAUACUGCAGGUAGCCAUUGAGGAGAGACUGAAGCUCUUACAGGAAGCUCAUAGAGACUUUGGACCCUCAUCACAACACUUCCUCUCCACUUCAGUCCAGAUGCCCUGGCAGAGAGCAGUAUCCCAGAAUAAAGUGCCCUACUACAUCAACCAUCAGACACAGACGACAUGUUGGGAUCAUCCAAAAAUGACCGAGCUCUACCAUUCCCUCGCUGAUCUCAAUCAUGUGCGAUUCUCCGCCUACAGAACUGCCAUGAAGAUUCGACGACUACAGAAAGCUCUCUGCUUGGACCUGUUGGACCUGUCCGUCGCUCAGUCCAUGUUCCAGCAGCACAAGCUGAACGUCAACUCGGCGCAGCUCUCCGUCCCCGAGGUCAUAAACUGUCUCACGUCCGUUUACGACGAUCUAGAGCAGGAGCACAAGGACCUGGUGAACGUGCCGCUCUGCGUCGACAUGUGUCUCAACUGGCUUCUCAACGUCUAUGACACGGGUCGCAGCGGGAAGAUCCGAGUCCUGUCCAUGAAGAUCGGCCUGCUCUCGCUGUGUAAAGGUCACCUGGAGGAGAAGUACAGAUGUCUGUUUAACCAGGUGUCUUCUCCGGGGGAUACGUGUGAUCAGAGGCAAUUGGGGCUUCUGCUGCAUGACGCCAUCCAGAUCCCACGACAGCUCGGAGAAGUGGCAGCUUUCGGAGGCAGCAACAUAGAACCGAGCGUCAGGAGCUGCUUCCAGCAUGUGACCAAUAAGGUGGAGCUGGAGCCGAGCCAUUUUGUGGACUGGAUGAGGUUGGAGCCUCAGUCCAUGGUGUGGCUUCCUGUGCUGCACAGAGUGGCGGCUGCAGAGACGGCGAAACAUCAGGCCAAGUGUAACAUCUGUAAAGAGUGUCCGAUUGUAGGCUUCAGGUAUCGCAGUUUAAAGCACUUUAACUACGACGUUUGUCAGAGUUGCUUUUUCUCCGGCCGCACAGCGAAAGGACACAAGCUGAACUACCCCAUGGUGGAGUACUGCACCCCGACCACCUCAGGCGAGGACAUGCGCGACUUCACCAAAGUGCUUAAGAACAAGUUCCGCUCGAAGAAGUACUUCGCCAAGCACCCUCGCCUCGGCUACCUGCCCGUGCAAACUGUCCUGGAGGGGGACAACAUAGAGACCCCGGUCACUCUGAUCAGCAUGUGUCCCGAGCAGUAUGAGCUGGCUCAGUCGCCUCAGCUUCCCCAUGAUGACACACACUCGAGGAUAGAGCAGUAUGCAAGCAGAUUGGCUCAGAUGGAGCGCUCUAACGGUUCUUUGCCUACAGACAGUAGCUCAGCCACAGGCAGCAUGGACGAGGAGCAUGCGCUGAUCUUGCAGUACUGUCAGACUCUUGGAGCCGAGGCCGCAUCCUGCAGCCAGCCGCAAAGCCCCAUCCACACGCCCAAAUCCCAUGCCCUGGGCAUCCAUGGCACCACACAGGCAUUGCAGAGCCCUGCUCAGAUACUGCAGGCUGUAGAGAAGGAGGAGAGAGGAGAGCUAGAGCGUGUCAUUACUCGCCUGGAGGAGGAGCAACGGAGUCUGCGCAGGGAGUAUGAGCAGCUGCGGGAAAGGCAUCGCGGUGGUGCGGAGAGUGUGAUAAUCACUGAGGGCGCGGCCCCGGAUGAGGCCGACUUGCUGGCCGAGGCUAAGCUCCUGCGGCAGCACAAGGGCCGGCUGGAGGCUCGCAUGCAGAUACUGGAGGAUCACAACAAACAGCUGGAGUCUCAGCUUUACCGAUUACGACAGCUCCUGCACCAGCCCGAGCUGGAUUCUGCAGUCAACGGCGGUUCCUCUUUAGGUUCUCUGAGUCAGGAGGCAAGAGGACAUCCAGAACACACAGAUGACUUUCUGGAUCAUUCUUCCUCCUCUGAUAUGACUGACCUUAUGGAGCAGAUUAAUAACAGCUUUCCAACUUGUGCUCCGCCGAGCCUGUCCUCGAGAUCACAGGUGAUGUGAGAGCUGCUGAUGACGACAGUGUUGAUGACGCGUCACGUGAUGUGGUGAAGUACCUGCUCUCAUAGACGAAGUUCACCAACCUGGAGUUCCUCACCUUGACUCCAACACCGAAAUUGUCCAUCACCACCACGUCCAUCACCACCAUGUCCAUCACCACCACGUCCAUCACCCUGUCUGUCUGUACUAUGCAACUGUAAAUUCCAUGACCUGAUCCGGGUCUGGGAUUUGUAUGAAUACAACAGACGAUGAUAUUUCGCUAACGGGCGCUUCAGAAUGUUUAACCUGUUCAGCUUGUAUUUCUGUUUUUCUGUGCGCACGCUCCGGGAACCUCUGUUCACCUUCUUUACAUUUCUCAUAUAUUUAACACAGAGAGGAAUAAAGAUGUGGUCGUGGUAAACCUUUACAACACACACCUGGUGGAUGAAGACCACUCGCCUCGCCUUCGAAUGCAUGUUUCUCCCAGAAUGCAUCCCUCGGCUACGUUUCUCGUGUUUACGGCGUAAAUCCGUGACGUCACCCACGAAGCGGUCGGCUGUUCUCGAAAAAUAAUCCACGUCGCCACUGUAUUUUUUCCCCAGUCAGAGUGUUCCUUUCCUCGUUCUGCCACCACUGCAGUUUGUCAGCGUUCCUUUUAUUAUUAUUAUAAUUAUUAUUAUUAUUAUUAAAAAUGACAUGUCUUUAUUUUUAUCCGCUUUGAGCUACAUUAACUGUCGUGGUAUCGAGUUCAUGUUGGUGCCCAUCCCCCACCCCUGUGUAAAUACUGUACAUGUUGAGGAAUGCUGAGAUGUUUUAGCCCUGUGUGCCUAUACAGCAUCCAUUCCAAGGAAAGGAUUUACGGGAUCGUGAACUAAAGAAUAAAGAGAUCUAAAUUCAGAUUUGACGAUUUAUAUUUUUUUUUUCCCCGAGUCGAAUAGUUUUCUAAAAGUCGAAUGAAAUCAGAAGAAAGCCAUGAUUGCCUUGCUACCUCAGACUCCACAGCGUUCAUUUGCGAGAUUUGUGCUUUUUUUUUUUUUUCUCCGCACCGAACCAAACCAGAAACCGAACACCACAAACAGUCGAUUUUAAAAUCCUGCGUACGUUAAUGCCACUUGUUUACUUUCGAUCAGGGACGAGAUCCAGGUGAAGAGACAGGCUGAAAAUGAAAAAGUCAAUGAUUUAAAAACAAAAAACAUGAAAUUCUGUGAUUUGGUUUGUUUGUGAAUUAUUUUCAGCUUUUUUUUUCUCCAUGGUGUAUCGUAUUUUUUCCCCCUCUGUAAAGCAUUAACACUACUAUAGCCAAUCCGACGUGUCCCAGACUGCGGGGUUUGGACGUCUCGGAUAUCUCUGUGUGAUGAUCUGAGGUCCGGUUUUGUCUGAUGUCUGAUAAAAGGACCGGUCUGAGGUCAGCGUGUGGUGCGUCCAGGUCCCGCUGUCGGGUUUUUGUGCUGUUUCAUGUCCACUGAGCUGUGUUGUUGUUCUUAUCUGAGGUAGAUGGUGUAGCUGACCACACUACAUGUACUAUGGUUUUAUUCCAAAUAAAAAUUUUUAUAACGAG